AUGAAGGACUAUCCUUCUAAUAUUCAAGAUGAGGUCCGCAGAGCAUAUUUGCAAAUGGGACCUUGUAGGCCUACAAAGUAUGAGUUCCCAUACACUCUGCAUGCAAAGAAAAAGCGACGAUUUGUUGUUUCGUGGUUUGAAGAAUAUGAUUGGUUGGAGUAUAGUAUAUCUAAAGAUGCGGCAUUUUGUCUUCAUUGCUAUCUCUUUAAAAUCAACUUUUCACAAUUAGGAAGCGAUGCCUUCACUGGGGUAGGCUUUAAGAAAUGGAAGAAUGCCAGAGAAUGUUUUGACAAACAUGUUGGUCCUAUUGGUAGUUUCCACAAUAAAGCUAGAGAAGUGGCUAGUUAUCUAAUGAACCAAAAGACACAUAUUGAAGCAGUUGUGAUCAAACAAUCAGAAGAAGAGUGUAUGAAAUAUCGUCUUUGCUUGAAUGCAUCAAUAGAUUGUACUAAGUUCUUGUUGCGACAAGGCCUUCCUUUUCGUGGCCACGAUGGAAGUGACACUUCGAAUAAUAGGGGGAAUUAUUUAGAGCUCUUGCAAUUCCUUGCGGAUCAUGAUGAGAAAAUAAAGGAAGUUGUGUUGGAAAAUGCUCCGGGAAAUCUCAAGCUAAUAGCUCCUUCAAUUCAAAAAGAUAUUGUCAAUUCAUGUGCCUUCAAAACUAUUAAGGCUAUUAUGAAAGAAGUGAAAGAGAGUAAAUUCUUUUCUAUAAUGGUAGAUGAAUCACGUGAUAUUUCAACAAAGGAGCAAAUGGCGGUGAUUUUGCGUUAUGUGGACAACAAAGGUCAAGUAAUUGAAAGGUUUGUGGGAGUCCAACAUGUUACCGAAACAACUUCAAGUAAACUAAAGGAGUCCAUUGAUGAGUUCUUGAAACUACAUGACUUGAGCUACUCCAACCUACGAGGUCAAGGUUAUGAUGGUGCGAGUAAUAUGAGAGCUCUUGUUGCCGUAGCAAAGAAAAACUCCGAUGUUGCCGCUUUUUUCACAUUGACUAAUAGUUUGGUAAAUGUUGUUGGAUGCUCAUGUAAGCGUCGUGAUGCACUUAGAGAGAAACAACAAGAAAAUCUCUUGAAAGCUAUUGAAAAUGAUUGUCUUGAAACGGGGCAAGGGUUAAAUCAAGAAACUAGUCUCAAACGUGCUGGGGAUACAUGGUGGAAUUCACAUUAUGGUGCUUUGAUUAGUUUGAUUACAAUGUUCUCAUCUGUGGUGGAUGUGCUUGACAUGAUUGUUGAAGAUUGCUACAAUGAUAGUGCUGGUGAAGCAAAAAAGUUAUUAAAAGAUUUACAAUCUUUUGAGUUUGUGUUCCUCCUCUUUUUUAUGAAAUUCAUAUUAGGAGUUACAAACGAUUUGUCACAAGCAUUGCAAAAAAAAGAUCAAGAGAUUGUGAAUGCAAUGGCUUUAGUCAAGACAUGUAAAGAACAACUACGUUGCAUGAGGAAUGAUGAAAAUUUUGAUCUUUUGGUUGAUAAAGUAUCAUCUUUUUGUGUUGAACAUGAAAUUGAGGUGCCUAAUAUGGAUGAUUUAUAUGUCAUUCAAGGGAACUCAUUGCGUAAGGCUCCAAGAAAGACCAAUCAUCAUCAUUACAAAGUGGAGCUCUUUUUCGAGGUCAUUGAUUUCCAACUUACAGAAUUAGAUGAUCGCUUCGCUGAAGGUAAUACCGAAUUGCUUAUUUGCUUGGCAUGCUUGAGUCCAAAUGAUUCAUUUGUAGCUUUUGAUAAAGAGAAGCUUGUUCGCCUUGCUCAUAUGUAUCCUAAAGAUUUCACGGAUCGAGAUAGAUCGACACUUCAAGAUCAACUUGAUAUUUACAUUCAUUUUGUGCGUUCUGAUAAUGAUUUUUCUCAAUUGCGGGGAAUUAAUGAGCUUGCUAAGAAAAUGGUGGAGAAAGGGUUGCAUCGAACAUUUGCAUAUGUAUAUUUGCUUAUUCAGUUGGCUUUGGUUUUACCGGUUGCAACUGCUUUAGUGGAGAGGGCAUUUUCCGCUAUGAAUAUCAUUAAGGACCAUGAAACCUCGUCGUGGACGCUUGAAUUAGGAUUUUAUAGCUUGUAA